ACUCCUGGGUUCUCUCCGGGGCUCUGGGCAGGGAGCGGGGACUAGUAGUUAGAACGGGGAGGCUGGGAGCCAGGACUCCUGGGUUCUCUGCAGUGACGUGGGGCUGUUUUGCUGUUGCGUGCCUGGCCGGGAGGUCAGAGUCCCCUGGCGAGGGGUGGUUAAUCGAUAACCAGGGGGAGGGGGCGAUAUAUACCCAGGCCUCGGGGGCACUGGCUUCACAGGGACGUCGCAGGACCCCGCCCGUCAUGCCCCACGGUGCCCCCCUCCUCCUGCUGCUUCUGCUGCCCUGGGGCAGUCACUGCACCACAGGCACAGAUGGGCCCAGUCUCUGCCCAGCCCGGAGGGAGGAGCCAGCGGAGGGAACAGGCCAGACCUGCCAGAGGACCUGCACCCAGGACCGCGACUGCUCAGGCCGCAGGCAGUGCCUGUGCGAUGGGGCCUGCGGGCUGAGCUGUGUGACACCCGGCCGGACCUGCCCAUGGCCCGUGCAGAUUGAUAACGCCGAGACGCGUUUGGCCCAGGCUUCCCGUGGCUUCGGGGCCCUCAUGGAGGUGACCUGCCAGCCGGGCUUCAGGCUGUCCAAAGGGGAGGGAGUGGCGCUGAGCCGAUGCCAAGGGGACAGGAAGUGGAGUCUGACGGCACCCUGCGAACGGGAUCUGACCCCGGCAUCCUUCUGCAGCCCCCCGCCAGAGACCGACAAUGGCUUUUACAGUGGCGCCUCCUACAGUGCAGGCGGGGAGGUGCGGUACAAAUGCAAGCGCGGGUACCGGUUGGAAGGCCCAGAGACCAUCCGAUGCCAGGAGAACCAGGAGUGGUCUGGACCUGCCCCGACCUGCCGCCCCGUGUUCUGCCCGCCCCCCGGGGACAUCACUGAGGGCUACCUGGUGGCGGUGGAGAAGCCUCAGUACCGGGCCGGGGAGCUGGUCUAUUACCUCUGCAAGCGCAGCUACCUGCUGGAUGGCACCAACCGGGUCACCUGCCGGGGCAACGGCACCUGGUCGCCCCGGCCCUUCUGCAGAGCGCGCUGCCUGGUGCCGGCCCAGCGGAGCCGUGUGCUCUACCAGGGCCGCAAGCUCUGGAUCCACGAGAUCCCACAAGGGCAGGUCCAGCACGGGGAGAUCGUCACCUUCUACUGCCGGAGCCAGAACCAGACGCAGACCCAGACCCAGAGCUGCAGCUACCAGGCCCCCGUGCGCUGCUUCGAUGGCCUGCUGCCCCUGCCGGCCUGCUACGACGAGCCCACGUGGCUGCAGUACCAGUUCUUCCCCAAGCGGGUGGUGUCCGAGAUCCGCCCCUGCUGAGCCCCCCGCGGCCCCCCGACACCCACACACAGCCUGACC